CCACGAAAACGACCUGCGACCCCGUGACGGAUUCAAGGCCGACGGCACCAUGGGCUGCGUCGGCUCCAAGAAGGAGCAGGAGGCUGUCGGCAAGGCGGUGGAAAACGGCGAGCAGCAGAGCAAAACGCAGACGGCGCAUUACGUCAAAGACCCCACAUCUGGAUCCAAAUCUGCCAAAAUGCAAUCCAACGCAGCUUCUUCAGAAGGCGACAGUGUUGCCAUGGCACUGUAUGACUACGAGGCUAUCCACGAAGGAGACCUCGGCUUCAAGAAGGGAGAUAAGCUCAAAAUCUUAGAAGAAUCAGGCGAGUGGUGGAAAGCCAUGUUAAUCAGCUCAGGUCAGGAAGGCUUCAUCCCGAGCAAUUACGUAGCUAAAGAUACUCUGGAAGCAGAGGAGUGGUUCUUCAAGGGGGUGAGCAGGAAAGAUGCCGAGAGGCAGCUACUGGCCCCUGGGAACCGAGUCGGGUCCUUCAUGAUCCGAGACAGCGAGACCUCAAAGGGCAGCUACUCCCUGUCCGUCAGGGACCUGGACCCUCAGGCCGGGGACACAGUUAAACAUUAUAAGAUUCGGACCCUGGACAACGGAGGUUUCUACAUCUCCCCUCGAAUCACCUUCAGCACCCUGCAAGAGCUGGUCAGCCAUUACAAGAAGCAGGGAGAUGGCCUUUGCCAGUCGCUGACUACUCCUUGUUUGAGCCCCAAACCUGAAAAACCGUGGGAGAAAGACGCCUGGGAAAUCCCAAGGUCUUCCCUCAAACUGGAGAAGAGGCUCGGUGCCGGCCAGUUUGGAGAAGUCUGGAUGGCCACCUACAACAAGCACACCAAGGUGGCGGUGAAGACCAUGAAGGAGGGCAGCAUGUCAGUGGAAGCGUUCAUGAUGGAGGCCAACCUGAUGAAGAGCCUGCAGCACGACAAACUGGUUCGACUCAACGCUGUGGUCACCAAGGAGGAGCCCAUUUACAUCAUUACUGAGUAUAUGGAAAAGGGAAGUUUAUUAGACUUCUUAAAGAGCGACGAGGGCAAUCGAGUCCAGCUCCCGAAGCUCAUCGACUUCUCGGCUCAGAUCGCAGAAGGUAUGGCCUACAUUGAACAGAAGAACUACAUCCACAGAGACUUGAGAGCCGCCAACAUCCUGGUUAAUAAAGCUUUAGUCUGCAAAAUCGCUGACUUUGGGCUCGCUCGUAUCAUUGAGGACAACGAGUACACAGCGAGGGAAGGGGCUAAAUUCCCCAUCAAAUGGACGGCUCCCGAGGCCAUCAACUACGGGUCUUUCACAAUAAAAUCCGACGUCUGGUCAUUUGGUAUUUUGUUGACCGAGAUUAUCAGCUAUGGACGCACACCUUACCCAGGGAUGACCAACCCAGAGGUGAUCCGUUCCCUAGAGAAGGGUUACCGCAUGCAGCGCCUGGACUCCUGUCCCACUGAACUCUACGAAAUCAUGCUGGUGUGCUGGAAGAACAAGCCCGAGGACCGGCCCACCUUCGACUACCUGCAGAGCGUCCUGGAGGAUUUCUACACGGCCACAGAGAGCCAGUAUCAGCAGCAGCCGUGAGAUGUUUGUCACGGCGCCGUCAGAAUCAUACCGGAACAAAAAAUUCAGUUUCUACA